AUGUCUCUCGACCCACUUCUGAUGAAUACCGUACUCCAAGGCUGUGGGUGCGUCGACGCAUCUCUGGAUGGGGUGGUGCAGUGUUCGCCUUUCACGACCUACGCAAUCGCGCAGCAGGCGUACUACCUCCUCCACGUCCUUUCUACCGCUCGCGCGAUGCUGUCAUCUUCGUCCUCACCUUACACCACCAUCGUCCGGCUUGCGGCGGAGCGAAAGCGCGGUGUGACCUCCCCUUGUAGUCUGGACAGCGACAGCCUCCUCGCCGAGGACGCGCUGGCCGGGGAGAUGGGCGGGCUGGGGCAGCGCAUCGCCAUCCUGGGCGCGGGGGCCGUCGCGGAAUCCUGCGUUUUCCUCCUGCUUGGCGAGUCCCCACCGCUUGUGCACCCUACCAGGAUCACCGUCAUCUCCGCGCAGCGACCCACCACGAACAAACUCCGUAGUGCCUUCGAGAAGGGCGUGAGGUGGAGUGCGCGGGCGCAGGCCCGGCAGGUACUUGCUUCAUGCGAUCUCCUCAUUCUUGCGUGUGGAACAGUGGAGGAGCUGCUUGACCUUCUUAAGGAACGGAAUACCGAAGUUGCGGGACUGGGGCCACGAAAACAAGGAACUUCCUUGCUCAAGCCGACGGCGGUUGUCUUCUUGGCGGUCACGGGGGCACCACAAACUAAGGUAGCACUGCUCCUGCAGAUGGACGAGUCGUUUAUCGUGUGUUCUGAUGCGUCUACUCCGCACCGUGCGCCGCGUAUCGCGGCCGACUACCAUUCCAAGGCCGAUGCUUGUACUACUCAGCUCAUUAAGCGCAUAUCCUACUCCCUAUCGUUCCUAGGGGAUGCUGCAAGGCAAGCCGAGGAUCUGUGCAAGAAGGAUAGCCCCAGGAACAACGAUGACACCUUUUCGUUUCAUCCCACGCAGUGGGGGUUUACGACUGCGAACACCGCCUCAAUGUUGUCGACGUUAUCGCGGGAAGCCGUUCCACCGAAAAGCUUCUUUAUUCGAGUUUGGCAUGCAAUGCUGACGUGGGUGGGGAGACUGAUGGGGCACAACAAAUUUUCCCUCAAUGAACGCAAACCAAGUCCUAACGCACAACUGCGUACCGGUCGGAAGGAAACCGGAAGCAGUUCAAGCAGAAGGCUUAUGAGUAGUUCAAACACAACUGUGCAGAAUUCGAACACCUCCGAAGGAUCGAUGCUCUGCAGUGUAUUGUCAGUUAUUUCACCUUCAAACUACAACACCGUCGCGGCUGCUGUUUUACAGCGGUAUCAACAUAGUCUUCAUUCUUCGGAGUCCGAUAUUGUGCGGGAAACGAGGCUGAACAGUGCAGUGCAGUGCAGUAGCGAGCACAUCAGUACGCCGCAGCCUAAGAACUCGUUGGUUGUCUUACCUUUGGGGUACAGCAGCGAGGCCGAGCUAAACCAUGAUAUGCAGCUGCACUACACUGAGGUACUGCAGAAAAAUGCAUAUAGGCUGCAUGCUUCUGUUUGA